AUGCCUGAGUUUUUCAUGGAAGGAUCAAAUGGAGACAACAUUGCCAAUACACCAAGUGGACACUACGUGCCCUAUAAGGAAAUUUUCAAGGAGAGUUCUCCCAGAAGUCCAUUGAGUACUCAUAGUCCCGAGAGCGACUCAAUUGAUCUGGCUAUGGAUGGGAUUGUUGACAACUCUAUUGAGCAACUGUAUCACAAUGUCUGUGAGAUGCAGAGCUCUGAUCAUUCUCCAUCGAGGCGUAGUUUCUUGUCGUAUGGGGAGGAGUCGAGAAUUGAUUCUGAACUACGGUUUCUUGUGGGAGGAGAUUAUGGGGAGGUAGAGAUGACAAAGGAGAUAGCCAUGGAGAACAAAGAAGCAGGAGAUAGUCUUUUUGAUAAAGAAAUUGGGUCUUUGAAUGAAAAGUUUGGAAAGAUAAUUAAGACCCACUCUGCAAGUGUUAAGUCUAAUUCUCCUGCACAACCAAAGAGGCUUUCUCACUUGCAAUUGGACUCUGAAUCAUCCCCAAAACCAAGUCCAAGAAGCAAACCUUUCCAUGAGAGACCUCCUACUGGUAAGCGAAACGUUAAGAGUCCAAGAAAACUAAAUUCGAUUUCCUCCAUGAAGAAUGAGAAGAAUUCUCCUUCAGGAGGGGUGAAGUUGCAGAAUGGGACUGAGGACCUUGGACCAUAUUUACUUAAACAAACAAGGGACUUGGUUUCGUCAGGUGAUAAUCCUCAGAAAGCUCUUGAAUUGGCUCUUCGAGCAGUAAAAUCAUUCGAGGAUCGUGCAACUGACAAGCCCAAUUUAGAAUUUGUUAUGUGUUUGCAUGUAGUAGCAGCAUUAUAUUGCAGAUUAGGCCAGUACAGUGAGGCAAUACCUGUUCUUGAGCGCUCGAUUGAAAUUCCUGUGAUGGAUGAAAGCCAAAAACAUGCACUUGCUAAAUUUGCAGGGUGUAUGCAGUUAGGAGAUACUUAUGCAAUGCUAGGACAGAUUGAAAAUUCGAUACUGCUCUACACUGCAGGGUUGGAGAUUCAGAGACAAGUCCUGGGUGAAAAUGACCCAAGAUUGGGUGAGACUUGUAGGUAUGUGGCUGAAGCCCAUGUGCAGGCCUUGCAAUUUGAUGAUGCCCAGAGGCUUUGUCAGAUGGCUCUUGACAUUCACAGAGAGCAUGGCUCCCCUGCUUCUCCUGAAGAAGCAGCAGAUAGGAGACUUAUGGGACUGAUUUGUGACUCCAAAGGAGAUUAUGAAGGUGCUCUUGAACAUUAUGUUUUAGCAAGCAUGGCCAUGGCUGCCAAUGGCCAGGAAGCUGAUGUUGCUUUCAUUGAUUGCAACAUUGGUGAUGCAUAUUUAUCGUUGGCUCGAUAUGAUGAGGCUAUUUUUGCUUAUCAAAAAGCACUAACCGCGUUUAAGUCAACCAAGGGAGAGAAUCAUUCAUCCGUUGCUUCGGUGUUUGUUCGAUUGGCUGAUUUGUACAACAAGAUUGGAAAAUUCAGGGAAUCGAAAUCGUACUGUGAAAAUGCAUUUCGUAUUUAUUUGAAGCCCCUUUCCGGGAGCUCCCCUGAAGAGAUUGCCAGUGGUCUUAUUGACAUUUCUGCUAUCUACGAAUCUUUGAAUGAACCUGAUCAGGCACUUAAAUUGCUUCAGAGGGCCUUAAAGGUAUAUGGCAAUGCACCUGGUCAACAAAGCACAAUUGCAGGAAUUGAGUCUCAGAUGGGGGUCUUGUACUAUAUGCUGGGAAGUUACUCUGAUUCUUAUAACUCUUUCACAAGUGCAAUUUCAAAGUUUCGGGCAAUUGGAGAGAAGAAAUCUGCUCUCUUUGGUAUUGCUCUGAACCAAAUGGGACUUGUCUGUGUGCAACUUUACGCAAUAAACGAAGCUGCAGAUCUCUUUGAAGAAGCAAGGACUAUUUUGGAGACUGAAUGUGGACCUUAUCACCCUGACACACUAGGGGUUUACAGCAAUCUUGCUGGCACUUAUGAUGCCUUGGGCAGGACUAAUGAUGCAGUCGAAAUUUUGGAAUAUGUCGUCGGGAUGAGAGAGGAGAAGCUUGGAACAGCAAAUCCUGAUGUGGAUGAUGAGAGAAGGAGAUUGGCAGAGUUAUUAAAAGAAGCAGGCAGGGCCAGGAAGAGACAAUCCAGAUCACUAGAAACCCUCCUUGACAACAAUUCUCGUACCAUCAGAAAGGGUGAUAUUAAGGUACUUUGAUGCCAUUGAUGAUUUUCUUCCAUAAAUUGUAAAAGUUUUCAUUACACAAAUGUUUAGGUGGUGGGUUGCUUGCUUAGAUUCUGUUUCGCAAAGUUAAGGAGAAAAUUAAAUAAUAAUUCUGAUCAGAAAGAGGGGUAAGGCUACGUGCAUAUGACCCUCCCCAGACCCUGACGUCAGAAAGAGAGGAGGAUACUGGUUCUGAUGGUCAACUAUUUUGGGGGAUUUGAGAAGAAAAUGGCACAUCUGUCAUUGUUUGAGUUGAUGAACUUCCUCUGUCAAUAUGUUCUUUGUUUAUCUUCUGGUUUAAUAAAGUAAUGGUGGAAUUUCUUUUUCCUUUGUAGUUGCACC